GAAAAAGAGGCAGGUCAGACGCUCCACAUCAUCCGCCAACACAACAACAACAGCGGCAGCCCGACCGCCCUGAGACCACGAGAUGGAUUCGAAGAUGAGUGACCCAUUCAGCAGUGAUUCCGAGGCGCUACCCGCUGCGGGAAUCAUGGCAAGGCUGCUGCCUAAAGGUUUGUCCGGUGCUGUGCUUAAAGACUGGCUGGACCGCCGGCGGAAGUCCAUCCGCCCCUGGGCCGGCUUCGUGGACCAGCGCAAGUUCUCCAAGCCGAAGAACUUCGGAGACCUGUGUCAGCGCGUGGUCAGAAACCUGGACACAUACCACAGCAACUACACCUUCAUCUUUCUGGGACUCAUCCUCUACUGCAUUAUCAGCUCACCCAUGCUGCUCAUCGCCUUGGCUGUUUUCGCUGGUGCCUUUUACAUCAUCCACCUGAAGUCUCUGGAGUCCAAGCUGGUCGUUUUCGGGCGCGAGUUGACUCAGGGGCAUCGGUUGGGCCUGGCCGGUGCCGUCUCUCUGCCGGUGUUCUGGCUGGCCGGUGCUGGAGCGGCUGUCUUCUGGGUGCUGGGAGCGACGCUGGCUGUGAUUGGCACCCACGCUGCCUUCCGUGAGCUGGAGUCAUCAGAUAUGGAGGAGCUGCUGAUGGAGCCUGUCUAACCUCUCAACCUCAUCUCGGCCUUUCAACCUUUUUUUAUUCAUCCAAAAAAGCACCUGUCUUGCCUGAACAUUGUUACUGUCCUCUGAUUGGUUUCGCUUCUCUUGAAUAGACUAAACAUCGACUCGCUCUCAGGCUGACCAGCCGGUACGGAUACGGACUGUUAUUGUGGCACAGAUGCACUCGGGCGAAUAUGCACUGGUACCUGUACGCUGACCAUCUGCUCACUUUUAAAUUGGCUUUAAUUGGCAAACAAAUUAUGUUGUUCAUCAUGGAUGUAACACGAGCUGCUUCGAAUGCAGACAGACAGACAGAGAUACACUGACUGAUAGACUAAGCACAGUAGACCACAUAUGCCUUCGUUGUUAUCCGCCUGAAAUUCGCCCAUGUCUGUUACUGAGAGACUGCAUGAGAUCCAUUUUUAGUAAGCCAGCAAAGUUAGAUUGGCACAAAUUAUGGUGAAUAUGUGAAGAAUACAUAUAAGAACAUCAGGUCAUGUUUUUGAAUAGUAUUAGCUCCAGCCCUUUGCUCACAUCACCCAGUCUGCGUCUAAAGACUGUUGAAAUAUGAUGUUUGAGAAUUUUUUAGGGGUGCACAUUUCUGACCUCCAAACAGAUUUGAUUACAGUUCUUUAGGGAAGUAUUUGAUUUGGUUUGAUUUGACUCUUUUGGUUUGAUUCAGAAUCAUUUUCAAACAUACUAUGAAUAUAUAACUGUGACUUGAACUAUAUACACAGUAGUGAAGUAUAGACCAUAAAAAAACAAUACAUAAAACUGAAGAAAUGAGUGUUUUGAAUAUUUAUCAAUUUGAAUUGAACAUUGUGGACUCUGCAUCGUCUUGCCACAUUCAGAUUUUUUUUUUCACCCCUAGAAUUUAUGCAAAAAAAAUUUUUUGACGUUUUUCUGUUUUUUACAAAAUUUUAAAAUACCUUUUACCCUUUACAUUGUAUAUAAAUUUCGUGAUGAAUAGGCUGAAAGAAAUGACCCAAAACUACCUGGAAAUAAGUCUGGUUCCAUUGACUUACAUUAACAGUAAGGUAGGUUUUUUCCUUCUGCUGUAAAGUUACCAUUUUGGAGAUACAAGGUUUUGUUCCGACAGCAGCGAUAAGCAAGUUGGUGUAGGUGCUUUGUUGUAAAUGGAUAUACAGGGUGCCCAUCCGCCAUUAAUAGUUUCAUUUUGUGUUUCCUGUUCUUUGUGAUAUUAUGUUAAAAUGUCUCGAAUCCAACAUGCAGAUGCCAAGAACCUACUUGAGUUGUAAAUGUGCGUCUAUUGCCAUCCUGUGUACUCUUAAUGUAGCCAAUUUUUACUUAAUUUUUUUAUUUCUUUUUUGAACACGUCUGUUUUUGUCUUUUGUUUAACAUCUACCAAAAAGGAAAGUGCAAUAAAGUCUUACGCCUGUAAAA